CGUGCGAUUGAAAACAAUCGAAUUUCCGGAAUCCAUCCUCGAUUAGCAUGUUUUUUUCGUUUUCUUCAAUUUAAACAAAAAUCUGGAGACAACUACCCCAUGUUCAUGAAUUGCUGUCAGCCUUUGGUAAUAACGUUUUUUAACCAAUAGUUCUGUAUGUUGCAAAAUAGUCCAUUAUUGACUUGUAACAAGGCUUGUACCAGUAUCAUGUUAGCUAGCUAUUUUUUUUAGCAAGCCUGAUACGACCCCAUUUUUGUCUGAUACCUUGUUUGUUACCUAGUCGAAUUUUGCGAUGUGACCGUUUUAUUGAACCUAUGUUGCACUCUUCUGCGCUGGACGGUCUUCGCCACUUGGUUGUUAGCGAGCUGGAGGAGCUGUCAUUCUUAUUGGUCAGAGAAACAGAUACGCGAUGUGUCAGUGAUGGACAUGGCAUAUUUCUACCCACUUAUUCUGAAUAAUAGGGCGUUCUGGAGAGAUUCACUUUAGGAUCACACACACACACAGUCCCGACUUGCUCCCACAAGCACAGAUGUUUGGUGCAGAUCCCACUGUGAAUUGAUCUGUGAAAAGGACACACACACACACAGUCCCGACUUGCUCCCACAAGCACAGAUGUUUGGUGCAGAUCCCACUGUGAAUUGAUCUGUGAAAAGGACACACACACACACAGUCACGACUUGCUCCCACAAGCACAGAUGUUUGGUGCAGAUCCCACUGUGAAUUGAUCUGUGAUAAGGACACACACAAGCAGUAUGUCUGAGAACCUCGUCCUCACCUUCCAGACCCAGCUCUCGGGAGUCAUGGAAACGGUCCUAAAGUCAGCCAUGUAUGAGAUCACCAGACUGGUGGAGGACGGCUUCCUGGAGGAGGUAAGACGUGGUCAACAGGAAGUGACACGGAGCCACCAGGAAGUGGAGUCUCUGCGGAUCUUGCUGCAGCGAGCAGAGAGUCAGCUGAAGGAUGUCAGUCAGAGGGCCAGGUGUGGAGACUGUGGCAGGACAGAUGUCUACAACGAGGAAACAGACGACAGACCUCCAGGAAUACAGGACAGUGUGCUUCUGCUGAGCGGGUGUGACCUGAAGCUGGAGGAGGAGCCAGAGGUCAGGUGGAGAAGCUGUGGACAGGAAACAGUGGAGUCAUCACAGGUUGCAGCUAAACCAACUCCUCCCACUCCUCCAGCUCCCAGUCCUUCGCUGGUAGGCAGUGUUAAGGAGGAGGAAGGGGAGGAGGACAUGGAGCCGUGGAGAAUCAAGGUGGCCAUACAGCCGUCUGCAGCUCACACCUACACAGAGGAGCAGUGGGACUCAGACACACUCGUUCAGAGUACAGGGGACUCUAUUGUGUUUCCCUCUGCGGAUCCAGAGGUCCAACAGGUCACCCAGACACCCAGACUAGCAGGGCCAUCUCAGAACCAGAGCAGAGGACCCAGCAAUGACGGUGACAGAACGAGGAGUAGAGCCUCACCGGUGUGGAUAGGCCAUAGAAUAUUAGACACGGAUACUGACGUUCACAGACAAGCUCAGUCGAACCUACGACUGGUAAGAGAGCCUCUGUCGUCCUCUGAAUCGGCAGAGGCGAAGCAGCUAGCUAGAGAUUUCGCUCCCCCAACCAAUCCCAGCACAGCGGGGGCCUCUGUCUCCUCCUCUUCAUCGGGCUGUCAUGUCUUCAGCUCUUUAAACUACAGGAUUCCUUCCAAAUAUAAGCCCAGCGCUCAAACCCUGCCACGCAUGAGAGUAUACAGGGAUGCUGCCAAGCGGGGCGGCUACCCAAUGUACAGCAGGGGGACCGCCCAGGGAGGGCUCACCUCCUCCCAAACACCAACCCAACAAGGGAACCACCAGCAUCACCACCCUGGGAGGCUGGCCCUCCGCUGCCCAGUGUGUGGUAAGGUCUUCCCCCAUCCCAGUAGCCUUAAGGCCCACCAGCAGACCCACACGGGGGAGAGGCCGUUCAUCUGCGCCCUGUGUGGCCGGAGCUUCACUAAGUUAAGCAACCUGAAGGCCCACCGGCGCGUUCACACUGGGGAGAGACCCUACAGCUGCUCGGACUGCGGCAAACGCUUCACACAGAAGUGCAACCUUAAGAGGCACCAGAGGAUUCACAUGGAGAAUGAUAUAUGAUGUGGGCGGGGAGGAGUGUGUGUGUGUAUAUGGGUGGGUGUGGGGAGGAGUGUGUGGGUGUGGGGAGGAGUGUGUGGGUGUGGGGAGGAGUGUGUGGAUGUGGGGAGGAGUGUGUGGGUGUGGGGAGGAGUGUGUGGGUGUGGGGAGGAGUGUGUGGGUGUGGGGAGGAGUGGGUCGGUGUGGGGAGGAGUGUGCUCCAGGGGUGUUGGUUGUUCAUUUGACCCAUGUUAUUGCAUAAAUAGUAUAUAGUUUGUUAUUCCUUUAUAUCAAUACUGUUGAUGUGAAGUUAGACAUGAUGUAGGAUAGAUAAGCUGUGUUAUCCCCAUGGUAUUGUCUAAAGUUUUUAUAAUAAUGUAUAGUCAUUUACAAAGUGAAUUGAAGUUUCUCUAGACCUUGUUUUCAGAUGAAUGUUCUACCAUAGAUGGCUAGUGUGGUAGCUAAACAACGCUUGUCUUUUCAAAUCUGAGCACAUGACAAUGCUCGAUCCAUGUUCUUCUGAGUGUCCCACAUCAAAUGUAGGCCUAUACAACAUGUAAUGGAAUAUGAAUACCCUAUAAAAUGUAACAUAACACAAAAAAAUACCUCGGUCAAUGAACAAUGUCUGCUGAGUGAAUAAGGUCAAUAUUGCUUGUGAAUGGAGAUUGUUUUUGUAUGAACUAAGUGGAUAAAAUAACAUAUCUUUAUGAACAAAGAUUUGAAUGAGAACAUACAGCAUGGUUGCAUUGUGAAAUCAAAAUCAUAGCUGUGCACUGUUCCCAUUGGAAGUAUAACAUACAAGGGAUGGAUACAAUAGUUUUAUUUUAGAAGUAAAUGGGGUGACUGAAGAAAUAGUUUUGGUCUAAACUAGAUACAGGGCUAGGAUUUGUUUGUGGUUUUUAAAUCCAAAUUAAAGCAGUCAACCAUGUUA